AUGACAAUAUUUCUAAUUUUCCUCUUCACUUCCAUCACUUCCGAACUAAUUCAACCCGGUUUCGAUCCAGAAGAACUUUUGCGAAGCUAUAUAAGUGCAACUGAAAAUGAAGAAUUCAAAACAGUUUUAACUGACGAUUUUGCAAUUUAUAAUUGUAUAGGGAAACUAAUUGGUGGAUCUGAUUUCAACAUGGAAAAAUUGAAGAAAUUGACAGAUGAUGUACCAUUUCGUCACUUUGAAAUAAUUUCUUCUGAUAAUCAAACUGGAAUAUUUGAUGUUGAAAUUGAUUAUUUUGGAAGCACAUUUGAAGCAAUUUAUAUAGAAAAUGAAGGAUGGAAGAUCAAAUCGGAACAAUAUAAAACAUGCCUGGAACAUCAUCGACCAUAUCAUUCUAGUUUAUUGAUUGAUUACCAAGAAAUAUUUGCCAAGAAGUCACAAUCUUUGCUUGAAGAAUACAUAAAGAACAUUGCAAUUGGACAAUUCCCAAAACACUUUGAGUUCGUGGGAGAUCCAAACAAUACUAUAAUAUCAAAAUACAUUGAACCUCUUGUGAAAAUGAUUCAGGAAAUUCCAAUAAUAACAAACAAUCGAUAUUUUAUUGAUGGAACUUCAGAAAGUGAUCUUCGAAUUUUUGUUUCAAUCGAUAAAACAAAUAUUGUCAUACUAGAUGUAUUUAUAAAUCAAAAAGGAGAAUUCGAAAUAAAAUCAGAAGGACACGAAGAAUACUCGAAUGAUGAUACAAAAAUUCCAUGGUUCACUUCUGCAUUUAUUGAUUAUCGACAAACUUAUACAAGAAUUGUUGAACAAUUAGUUGAGAAUUUUAUGAGGGGUCCUGGAACAUCGAAUACUGAAUUGAUUCGAUUUAUUGUUGGAAAUUCAGAGCGGAAUUUAGAGUCUAUUCGAAAAGAAUUUGAUACACGACAUCGGAGUCAGAAUUUGGUUGAAUGGAUUUCGACUGAUACUUCGGGAUCAUACAAAGAUGCACUUAUAGCAUUGAUAAAAGGAAACAGAGAUCAAUAA